GCAUUUCAACCCUCGCGUCACUUCCGUCCCCCUCUCUCGCGUCCAUCUUGCUCUCCGCGUGUGUUCGCUGCUAGCGUGCAGAUGAAAGAAACAGUAAUGAACCAGGAGAAAUUAGCCAAGCUGCAGGCGCAAGUCCGCAUCGGUGGAAAGGGAACCGCACGCAGAAAGAAGAAGGUUGUACACAGAACCGCCACCGCCGAUGACAAGAAACUUCAGUUCUCCCUGAAAAAGUUAGGCGUCAAUAACAUCUCCGGGAUCGAGGAGGUGAACAUGUUCACAAACCAGGGAACAGUGAUCCACUUCAACAACCCCAAAGUGCAGGCUUCGCUGGCAGCCAACACCUUCACCAUCACAGGCCAUGCCGAGACCAAGCAGCUUACAGAGAUGCUGCCCUCCAUUCUCAACCAGCUCGGCGCGGACAGCUUGACCAGUCUGCGAAAACUCGCUGAGGCCCUGCCCAAACAAGCAGGAGAUGGAAAGGCACCAGUGGCAGCAGGAGAGGAAGAUGAUGAUGAAGUUCCAGAUCUUGUGGAGAAUUUCGAUGAGGCUUCAAAGGAUGAGGCUAACUAACUUGAAGGGAGGGUCAGACGUUUGGAAGCUCCUGUCUCAGCUGGGUCAUGUGGGACUCUCCCCCCCCACCACUCCCCCAAACCCCUUUUUGGGCAAUUGUUUUUUUUUUUUUCUUUUAUAAAUAUAUUUCAACCCCACUCGUCCUGUUUGUCCUCUUGUGCACUGCUGUGUCCCCCUUGUGUCCAGGCUGAGGGUGUGAGAUUGUGUUUACCGUGCAAAGCUUCACACAGUGAGGUGUGAGUGUGUGCGGUCUGUGGGGCGUCCUGCCCGUCUAUCUCCCUGUUACUGAGGCUCACUCCUUUGUGGCCUAGCUCAAGCCAACAUCUGGAAAUAAACAUUUGCUAUUAAAUGCUUAUUAAAUACAUCACUGCCU